AAAAGUUAGAAUUAUCUAAAUCUAAGUUAACUGAAACACCUAAUACUCUUCAAUACCAACUAUCCCAACAAUUACUGCCAUUACCAUAUUCCCAACCUUUUGCUGAAUAUUCAGCUAAAUCUACUCUUACUUAA